UUGAUAGAUGGCGCUUUGACGCACCCGGUAGUUCAACUUCCGGAUUGAUUCAGGCGAGGAAUAUGGCGGCAACAUUGAAACCCUACUUAACUGCUGUGCGUAACACAGUUACAGCUGCCAUGUGUGUUCAGAAUUUUGACUCACAAGUUGUAGAAAGACACAAUAAACCAGAAGUAGAAACAAAAUCAAGUAAAGAAUUAUUACUGCAAUCUGUAGUGGUUAGUCGUAAUGAGAAAGAAAGAGUUUUAAUAGAAGGUUCCAUUAAUUCAUUACGUAUCAGUAUAGCUGUUAAACAGGCUGAUGAAAUAGAGAAAAUUUUAUGUCAUAAAUUUAUGAGGUUCAUGAUGAUGAGAGCAGAAAAUUUCUUUAUUUUAAGAAGGAAACCAGUGGAGGGUUAUGAUAUCAGUUUUUUGAUUACCAAUUUCCAUGCUGAACAAAUGUUAAAACACAAACUGGUGGAUUUUCUCAUAACAUUUAUGGAAGAAAUUGAUAAAGAAAUAAAUGAGAUGAAAUUAGCAGUUAAUUCACGAGCUAGAAUCAGUGCUGAAGAGUUCUUAAAACAUUUCUAAAUGCGAGCUUUAUAGGAUUAAACUUUUAUAUAUAUAUAUAUAUAUGGCUGUAUCAUAUUACCAAAAGAAAAGACCUCAUGGGUUAAUUUGUUUUAACCUAAUUGUAUAAAUUUCUUCAUCUUUCAUUAAUAUAAUUAUAAAUACAACUUGUAUAUAUUAUAUAUAUAAAUAAACUAAUAGGAAAACAUGUCAAUAUUCCUUUUUGAUAAGUAAUCACUUUUUAUUACUUAGUGGGUAAUUUUGAUUCAACAGUUGAUAAAUUUCAUAUUGGAUAACUCUGACAUUAUGUGCAACUUUAUUUCAAUGGGGUAUGCUUCAAUUCAGCAGCAGCAACGUAUUCAUUACUGGUAUGUAGAAGCCAGUUUGAAAUGAUUAGUUCUACAUAGUGCUUUUCUGCUUGCUACAAAGGGGAUAUAAGUGACGAUCUACUAUUUGUAGGAAUAUUAUUGGUUAUUUAAAUGGUGAUAGGAUUUAAAAAGACAGCUAGAAACACAGGUAGAAAGUAGUAGGUGGACUGGAGAUAACAUAAAAUCAUACAUAAAUAAUAAAAUGAAAACUUCACAGCUCUAUGUUAUGUUAAUGGUGACAUUGGCAGCACCACUAGGCAAUUAUUAAUUUUUUUUUUUUUUUUUGUAUGUAUGUUUAUGAAUUUCAUCACAUUUCAAUCACAAUCUUUAGAAUUACAAUCCUCUGAACAUUUCAUACUGCCUUUUUGAAAGGGAGUGCAGAUUUUUAUCAGAGGAUUGAUGAUAAGAACAAUACAUUAAUCUUGAAAUGUAGGUUAGGUCUCUCCUCUCCGCUAUCACUUUAGUGAUACAUGUACAUCAAAAUUUUCAGAAUUGCUUAAGUUUGCUCUAUAUGUUUAACUUUGUAUGAUGUAAAUUGAUGAUGCCAAACUCUUUACACUCAAUAAUUCAGCAAUUGAAUAAAAAGAAAACUUCAUGUAAGAAGUGAAUGCAACAGAAUAAUUAAUGUGCACUAGUUUUGUUGUGAAAUACCACAAGAAGGUGCAUAGUACUUGUGUUGUCAAUUUAAAAAAAAAAAACCUUCAAUUAAGGCUGCAUAAACAUAUUCGAUAAUGCAUUGUAACUGUAAAGCAAAA